AUGGAGGCCCGGGUGCCGCCCUAUUCCAUGGACCCCGUGAAGGAGGAGCUCUUCAGGCGCAAAGGCUACGACCCUGCCGAGGUAGAAGCGCACUUCGCCCGCGUGCUCUCCGACGCCCACUGCGCCCUCCCGGACCCGCCCGCCUCCGUCGACGGCCGCCUCGCCUCCCUCCUCCCCCACGACGGCGUCGACCGCGUUAGCACCCUCCCCGACGAGCUCCUCGGCAACAUCGUCUCCCGCCUCCCCAUCCUGGAGGCCGCGCGCACCGCCGCGCUCUCCCGCCGCUGGCGCGGGGUCUGGCGCUCCACCCCGCUCGUCCUCGUCGACUCCCACAUCCUCCCUGCCGUCGCCGUGGUCGGGCGUGCCGACGCGCGGCGCAUCACCUACGCCGUCUCCCGCAUCCUCCGCGCGCACCCGGGCCCUUUCCGCUGCGUCCACCUCACCAGCAGCUACAUGGAGGAGUUCCAGCACCUGCUCACGCCCUGGCUCCACACCCUCGCCGCCAAGGGCAUCCAGGAGCUCGUCCUCUUCAACCGCCCCUGCCCGCUCGACUUCCUCCUCCCCGCCGCCUUCUUCGGCAUGACCACCCUCACGCGGCUCCACCUCGGCAUGUGGAGGUUCCCCGACACGGCCGCCGUCUCGCGCGCCACCUGCUUCCCUAAUCUCCGCGAGCUCGGCUUCAUCUCCGUCUUCAUGGAGAGCAGGGGUCUGGACUUCAUCCUCGACAGGAGCCCCGUGCUCGAGACGCUCUGCGUCGGCGGCAACAUGUUCAAGAUCCCCCUCCGCCUCGUCAGCCAGAGCCUCCGCUGCGUGCACAUCAUCGGGUGCUCGUUCGAAGAGAUCGCCGUGGUGGACGCACCGUGCCUCGAGCGGCUCAUCUACUCAGGGGGUUGGAGCAUCGACGGGGCCAGCACCAAGGUGAAGAUCGGCCAUGCCCCCAGGCUGCAAUUGCUGGGAUACUUGGAUGCAGCAAACCAUGUCCUAGAGGUCCGCAACACCGUCAUCAAGGCUGGGACAAAGGCGAGCCCAAGCACCAUGGUACCAAGCGUGAGGAUCCUGGCUUUGGAGGUGUGUUUUCGUGUCCGUACCCAUGUCAAGAUGAUCCCGGCAAUCCUCAGAUGCUUUCCAAACGUUGACACGCUCCACAUCAUGUCUGCAGAAACUGAUCAACCCGCUGGCAAGGUCAACCUCAAGUUCUGGAACGAGGCUGGUACCAUAGAGUGCAUCCGCUCCCGCAUCAAGCGGCUCGAGUUUCAUUAUUUCCGAUGGGAUCGAAGCGAGCUUGCGUUCCUCAACUUCUUCCUGGGGAGUGCGAUGGCGCUGAAGGAGGCCGUGUUAGUGAUCUCCGAUGCAAGUUUCACUUCGGUGGAGGAUUUGCGUUCCAAAGUGGCGCCUCUCGGCUCCAUGAAACGGGCUAGUGCAGGCUCCUCGAUCAGGGUCUCUAUACGUUCUAAGCCUGAAGGAGACAACAUGCGGAGCUACAAAAGAUCAUCCGAUUUUUCUCUUGCUGACCCUUUCGCAAUCUAAGUCAACGGUGCCUAUUUGUUUCCUGUGCGGAGAAAAUUGAUCUAGAAGUUCUUAAUGUGUUCUGUUGUCCCUAGUAUGGACAUGCACCGUUUUCAGUGUUUUGAUGUUCUGCC